GUCACCGUAGAAACAGAAGAGCGUCCGCUUCCUCCUAGCUAGCUAACAGCUAACUGUGCUAACCAGCCGGAGCGCGUUGUCUGCGCGGCUCCGCGGCGUUUUCUGAAAACGUUUCUUAAACCGUGACCGAGUCGACGUGACCACGACCGUUAAACCGCCUCUUUUAUUAACUAACACGAACACUUAGCAGUUAGCUAGCUAACACGCUUAAACAAGGCUAACCGGCGGUAGCGCUGACAGGUGCUAUCUUAGCUGUGACCUCAUCAGAGUCUGAGAACAUCGGCAGUGAGGAUGAAGCCGAUGGAGGAGGAGGAGGAGGAGGCUGUGGUGGCAGAGCUGAGGAGGCAGCUGGAGGAUGAAGAGCGGAGCCCGGAGCAGAAGGUCAUCCUGCUGAACCACGGCUUAAACAAGGCUCUGAACUCGGCGGCGCUGCAGACAGACAGCCGUGUGUUGACUCGUGUGAAGUCUCAGUUGUAUCUGAGCGGUGUCCUGAGUCACUGCGUCCUCCUCCUCACUCUGGGGCCCAGAGGGCUGCAGGGCAACUGGGGCGCCGCCGCCACACUCGCCCAGUUCACCAGUUCCUGUUGUGUGGGGGCGGAGCCUGCUGAUCAGUUGCAGGCCUAUCACAGGCUGUUCCUGCCGUCUGUCGUGGACGGCCUCCUGUCAUUGGCCAGUCAGCUGAUGAGGCGGGCAGAGUGCCUGUCUCUCCUCAGGAAGGUGAUGGAUUCAGUGUGUUGGCUGCUCCGAGCUCACACUCAGCUCACAGUUCAGGUUCUCAGCUCCCUGCACUAUGAGCAGAUCCAGAUGUGCGAUGAUGUCAGCGUGUCUCUGCUCUGUGUCCAGAUGUGGAUCCAAACCUGCACAGCCAGCAGGGACUUCCUGUCCGGGCUGAGCGACCACUCCGUCCUGUUGCUCCUUAACGAGGCCGUCGGCCAAUUAGCAGUCAACGCUGACCCCUCGGUGGGCGGGGCCUCUGUCAGACUGAUCCUCCUCAUGGCCAGUCAGCAGGAGGCGCGGCUGCAGCCCCUCCUCCUCAGCUUCAGAGGUCUGGACAGCCUACUGGACAAAGACUGGAGGGGGCGGGGCUUUGACCAGGACGUGGAUCAGCUGAUCGCACUCAUCCAGUCUGACUCGAGGAGUCGGCCCCAGGUGUGUGCUGACCGUGUGCGGGCGGCGUGUGUGAUCCAGGCGGCGUGGAGGUCGUAUCAGACCAGACGCAGAGUGAAGAGCCUGAACAGAGCCGUUAGUACGCUGCAGAGGAGAUACAGGGCGCGGAGGAGGCAGCAGCAGCAACAGAAGGAGGCGCAGCGAUGGGAGGAGGAGCUGAAGUAUCAGGUGUGUGUGAGACGUCAGCAGGCGAGACGGGAGUUCCACCAGAAACAGAGACGACUGCUGCAGCUCCUUCCUCCUGACCAGGUGCAGUGUUACCUGCAGGAGUGUGAGCGCCGGGCGGCCGUGUUGAUCCAGAGCUCCUGGAGAGGCUUCAGAGAGAGACGGCGCUACAACAACGACACACAGAGAGACACACACAGACGGCAGCAGGCCGCCAGGACGCUGCAGAGAGCGGUGCGUCACUUUCUACAGAAACGGCAAGCAGCAAAGGCCCCGCCCACCACGUCUUUCUGGAUUGGUCAGAGCGGUUUGACAGACAGCCGGAGGGCGGAGCUAAAGAGACAGGUGGAGGAACACGUCCGUCUACAUUCUUCGUCACGUGUGUCCCGUCAGGAGUGUGAGCGUCUCCACGAGGAGGUGCAGCUGCUGCUGCUGUCGGAGCUGCAGAGAGGAGAGCGUCGAGGGAGGGAGGAGCAGAGGGUGGAGGCUCUGCUGGCUCACACACACACACAGCUGGAGCUGCUCCGAGAUGCCCCGCCCCUCUCGGUCGUCACGCCGACAGACGCCGACUCCUUCCUAAGCCCCUCGGGUCCCAUCGCCGCCCGUGCCCGUGACGCCCACAAUGUGGCACUGCAGGCCAGCAGGCUGCCCUGGUGGAGGACGCUGGGGGAGACGGCCGGCGCUGUGGACACAUUCAGCCCCUCCCACCUGCAGGAGCUGGAGGCGGAGCUAGGGGGACUGUUUGUGGGCGGGGUCAGUGAGGUGGACGGACUGAACCUUUAACCUUUAAGUACUGAUCUGUGCUGAGUGUCAGGUCGACCACGUGAGUCUAAAUAAAGUCAAACUCUGAUCUGUCA